UAUAUCAGCCAGGAUUUGCGUAGGAGGUCGGUCGACGUUCAUUUCAUAUCCGAGUACUGUAUUUUUGGGGACGAGCAGCACCGUCACGUCUCCGCCCUGAUCUGCCCCUCGGCGCCCAGCCUCCUCUCGGCGAAUUUAACCAGUAAAAUGUUUUUUUGGAGCAGCGGGGGACACUUCGACAGGGACAAGAAGGCGAGAAGUGAAUGACAACUAGAGGGACAACUAAGCUUCGCCACCCAGUUGGCGGACAUUUAUCACGGUGGGCACGUAAAUGCUUUUAAAUGUAGAGGUUUUAGGAAUAACCAACUGCGCACCGAUAUUUAUUAAGAGUAGGGGGGAGACUUCCCUCGUCGGCAGAGAUGGAAAGUCUGCAGGCUGUCGCUGAGGAUGGAGCGUCGGAUGGAGGCGCGACCAAGUUAAUGAAGAAGCCCAGCGGACUGUUCGUCGCCCGGGGGACUCCCGCGGACGGCGGCGGUGGACGGUUGGCACCCUCCAGCGCAGAGGCGAAGAACGGGAUUCGCCUCUCUCAUUCCGCCUCCAUGCCGGGCUCUAGCGCGUCAAACCGAACCGCGGCGUCUAAUGGCCGGGGCUCGUCCGGCAACUCCAGCUCCCUCCUGUUGAGACGGCGGCGCUUGAAGAGGAACCUCUCCGCCGCAGCUGCAGCAGCACCCACCGCCACCUCGGCUGUCACCGCCGCCCGCGGCGCGAAGAUGAGCUCGGCCCUGUCCUCCGCGUCUCUGCACACCCGGAGUCUGGAUCGGAAGACCCUGCUGAAGCACCGACAGAGCGUGCAGCUGCAGUCCGCGGACCGCGAGUGGGUGAGAGCCGACCUCCACCGGGGCUGCGUGCAUGUCCACGACAGACUGACGCCGUCGUAUCCCAGGCCGGUCCUUUGCACUAUGGACACCACCGCCGGCGAGGUGGCGCUCCGACUGAGUAAACUCAGCAGCAAGUCCAGCUCCGUCGUGCGCAUUUUUUGUAAAGAUAGCUCCAAGACUGACCAAAAUGGCAACUGCAACGUGACAUAUGAAUACAACGACAAUCCCUGCCAAGCGAAAGAGGACUCGAGUAUACAACGCAGCCACCUGACCUCCUUGGAAUCAGCAGAAUUAAGGGGUCAUUCCGGUGACAGAUUGAGGCUCCUGCUCAUGGAGAACGCAGAUGACAUGCAAAAGCAACAGGAAGUUGAUGAGAAACUUUUCUCUCCAGAGUCAGAGUCACAGGACAACAUCACCUGCUCUCUGUCAGACUUCACCUCUAACAUGGACACCCCCAACGAUGAUGACUCGGAGCAUAGGAAUGGCCUGGACAGCUAUGGAUUAAAUUCUGGCUCAGACGUGGAGAGCAGUGCAUUUGAUGACCUGAGCUCUGGGGCCCGGCUCAGUGAGCACAGAGACUCUCUGAGCGAUGACAUGAUCCUGGGGACAGAAGCGUCCAUCCUCAGCCCCUCGUUUGACAGUGCCACCGAAGGUCAUGACAUGUAUGGAAGCUCUUCGGAUGAGCUGGAGCUGGAGUGCUCUAUGUCCAGCACAGCCGUGGACCCCCAGCGCCACGCCAAUGGCAUCGCUGCUGUCACUGCCAACUACAACAUGGGACAUUUAAACGACAUGACACAAGAUGUGGGACCAGGUAGCAGACUCGCCACUCACAGCCUGGGCAGCCUGCCUUCCAGCAACAGUGCCAGCUCAUUGUCCAGAGUCUGUUCUAAAGUUAAUUCACCCGAUAUCCAAAAUCCUGACUGCGGUCAAGGUGCUGUCAAACUCGGACUGCCAGAAAACCAAAAUGGAGAGUCUUGUGAUUCCAGCCCUAUGCUCUAUGUUCAGCUUCAUGGUGAAGCUGUAAGGCGGCUUAGCCCAGAUGAGAGGCCUCUGCAGAUUCAGAAUGACUUUCUCUUUAAGCUUGGAUUUAAGGACCCUUGGAGAGUUCAAGAAGAAGGGCUUAACACAGAAAUUGGCUCCUUGUUACGUUUUUAUGCAGGCAAACCCCAAAGUAUUGAAAACUCAGAGCGGGUACAGCUGUCUGGGACCUACAAUGUUAGGAAAGGGAAGCUCCAGCUGCCAGUCAACCGCUGGACCAAACGGCAAGUCAUCCUCUGCGGCACCUGCCUCAUCGUCUCUUCUAUCAAGGAGAGCCAGACGGGGAAGAUGCACAUCCUGCCUCUCAUCGGGGGGAAAGUGGAGGAGGUGAAGAAGCACAAUCACUGUUUGGCCUUCAGCUCAGCAGGACCUCAAAGUCAAACCUACUACGUCAGCUUUGACAGCUUCACGGAGCACCUGCGCUGGCACAGACAUGCUGCCAAGAUGGUGUCACAGAGAAUCAACUCGGUUGAUCUGUCCUGCUGCAGCUUGGAACAUCUUCCUCCCAACCUCUUCUAUAGCCACGACCUUACCCACCUCAACUUCAAACACAACUUCUUGCCUGCAGACCAGCGCCUUCAGCAGCUGCAAAGGUUUUCUCGCCUUCGCAGCCUCAACCUGUCCAAUAACCACCUCGGUCAGUUCCCGCUUGCCAUUUGUGACAUCCCUACCCUGACGGAGGUCAAUCUCAGCUGUAACUACCUGGCUUCAGUCCCCAGUUCUGUGGGAGCCAUGACAAACUUGCAGACGUUUCUGUUGGAUGGAAACAGUUUAAGCGACCUACCCUCUGAGCUGGGUUCCCUGCAGAGGCUGAGCUAUUUAGGCCUGUCCUUCAACCAGUUCAACCACGUGCCCCWGGUGCUCGAGCGGCUGUCCUCCAUGGAGAAGCUUUGCAUGGCUGGAAACCAUCUAGAGACGCUCACCUUGCAGAAUUUCAGGCUGCUUCACGUCAAACACAUUGAUCUAAGGUUGAAUAAGAUCUCUGUCAUGGUGCCAGAYGAGCCCGACCUGCUGAGGCACGUCACCCAGCUGGAUGUGAGGGAUAACCGUCUGACAGAGCUGGACGCCUCUGUCUUUCCCCGGCUGGAGGUUCUCCACUGCGAGAGGAACCACAUCACCAGUCUCAAAGUCAAGGGUUGCUUGCUCAAAGGCAUCCACGCCUCCAGCAACGAGGUACGACAGCUGGAUAUCAACCCUGUGCCCUCCAAUCUUAGUUACAUGGAUAUAUCGAGGAACCUCAUGGAGUCGUUGCCAGACUGGCUGUGCGAAGCUAAGAAACUGGAAGUCCUGGACGUGAGCCACAAUCUCAUCAGUGAGCUCCCGGCGAGGUUGUUCUGCAGCAACAGUCUGAGGAAGCUCAGUGCAGGACACAACCAGUUGCAGAAGCUGCCUGAAAGAGUGGAGCGCCCUCUGCUGGAGGUUUUAGAUGUUCAGCAUAAUCAACUGGUGGAACUUCCCUGCAACCUGUUCCUCAAAUCCGACAGCCUACGAUGUGUAAAUGCAUCAGCCAAUAAGCUGGAGCAUCUACCACCAUCCAGUCUGUCAGAGGAGAGCCACAGCAUCCUGCAGGAACUCUACUUGACAAAUAACUGGCUGACGGACAAGUGUGUGCCCAUGCUUACAGGCCACACACACCUGCGAGUUUUGCACAUGGCCUACAACCACCUUCAGACCUUCCCAGCCAGUAAAAUGGCCAAGCUGGAGGAGCUGGAGGAGGUUGACCUGAGUGGAAACAUGCUGAAGACCGUUCCCACCACCAUCAUGAACUGUCGGCGGAUGCACACGCUCAUCGCCCACUCCAACGCCAUUGAGGUUUUUCCUGAGGUCAUGCAGCUGAUGGAGAUGAAAUGUGUGGAUUUGAGCUGUAACGAGCUGAGUGAGAUCACCCUGCCGGAGAGUCUGCCUCCAAAGCUUCAGGAGCUGGACCUCACUGGGAACCCACGUCUGAGCCUGGACCACAAGACCCUCGAGCAGCUUAAUAAUAUCCGCUGUUUCCGUAUUGAUCCACCUCCAACCUUUUCAUCGAGCGAGGCAUCUGGUGGGCCUGCUGUGUGGAGUCAUGGUUACACAGAGGCCUCGGGCGUAAAGAACAAACUCUGUGUCGCAGCUCUCUCAGUGAACAGUUUCUGUGGGAGUCGUGAAGCCCUGUACGGCGUGUUUGAUGGAGACAAGAAUGUGGAAGUGCCCUACCUCCUGCAGUGCACGAUGAACGACGUGCUGGCUGAAGAGCUACACAAGACGAAAAGCGAAGAGGAUUACAUGACCAACACCUUCCUUGUCAUGCAAAGGAAACUUGGAACUGCAGGGCAGAAACUCGGGGGAUCGGCGGCUCUGUGUCACAUUCGACAUGACCCCACUGAUCCCGGCGGCUGCUUCACCCUCACAGCUGCUAAUGUGGGAAAGUGUCAGGCCAUCUUGUGUCGGGACGGAAAGCCGAUGUCCCUGUCACUGCUUCACAACGUGGGGCUCGAGGAUGAAUACCGUCGGAUCAGGCAGUACAGAGCCAUUGUCACUGAGGACAACAAGGUGAAUGGGGUGACCGAUUCAACGCGGAUUAUGGGCUACUCCUUUCUGUACCCCUCCGUCAUCCCAUGUCCCUACGUUCAGACCGUCACUCUGACCCCUCAGGAUGAGUUCUUCAUACUGGGUAGCCGUGGCCUGUGGGAUGCCAUGUCGCCCACUGAAGCCGUGGAGGCCGUCCGCAACGUCCCCGAYGGCCUGGCUGCUGCUAAAAAGCUUUGCACUCUGGCGCAGGGCUACGGCUGCACCGACAGCCUGAGCGCCGUCGUCGUCCAGCUCAGCGUGAGCGAGGACUGCUGCUCCUGCUGCUGCGCCGAGCCUCCUCAGCCUCCCCCCAGCCCCGGUUUGGGCCCCUAUCCCCCGUCGUCCUCUGCCAUGAAGGACCGCCCCUCCGACGGCUCCCUCGCCGUCCCGCCGUCCUCUUGCAGUGAAAUCAGCAGCGAGAUCAGCACCAGCGAGAUGAGCAGCGAGGUGGGCUCCACCGCCUCGUCCGACGAGCCCCCGCAGAGCUCCCUGGUGCUGCUGCAGGAGCAGCCGCACCACUCCCACCUCCAUCUGCACCAGCAGGCUCAUUUGCUGUCCUUGCAGCACCAGCAAGCCCAAACAGCCACGCAGCCCUGCCAGUAUCUGCUUCCAGGUUCAGAGCUGCCUUCUGCUCGCAGCUGCUGCGCUCUCCAUCCYGCCUGCCUGGCGGGGUCCUUUCAGAGGCAGCUGUCUAGCGCCACCUUCUCCAGUGCCCUGUCCGACAACGGGCUGGACAGCGAGGACGAGGAGCCCAUCGCUGGCGUCUUUUCCAACGGGAGCAGAGUGGAGGUGGAGGCAGACGUUCACUGCCUAAGAGCAGAGCUCUCGUCGUUGUCGUCGCCCCAAACGUCUGCGCCUCCUGCCACCAGCCAGGAACGCAGYCUGCUCACUCUCCCUCCUCCACCUCCACCACCGAGCACCCCCGAGCCCCCAGAGGAAGACGCGAGCCAGGGGGACGCCGAGAAUGGGCUUGAGCGAGACGAGUCGUGGCAGAGCGCCGGAGCGGGAGGCGGCGAGGGCGGAAAGCUGACGGGCAAGCGGAGGGUAAAYGGCUCCGUGGCACGCCAGGAGAAAAGUCACAACCUUAUCGAGGUGGCGRCCGACGCCCCCUCCAAGAAGUCCGGAGGUUACUUCACCGCGCCUGCCCAGCCCGACCCCGACGACCAGUUCAUCAUACCGCCCGAGCUGGAAGAGGAGGUGAAGGAGAUCAUGAAGCAGCAUCAACAGAAACAGCAGAAAUCCACCGGAACUGAUCAGCCCACGGACUACUAUGACACGCCUCUUUGAACAGCAGCACCUGCAGCCUUGUCUCAUUCCGCAACCCCCCCACCCCCACCCUUUCCCCGCCGUUCACGUUCACAAACAAGUGGGAUUUCCUCAGGAGGCUGUAAAUUGCACAUAAAAUAGUUUCACCCAGCUUCCUGCACAGCCUAGUCUUUGAAGAACCGCGCACUGCAGCACUCAGAGAGAGAAACAAGCAAAUGAGCCCUUUAAUGAUGUUCAACCUUAAUGAAUCGACACAGAUCCUGUGUGUCCGUGGUCGUGCCCUUCACACAGACUGGAACUUUCUUCGUUUUUUGUACCGUAGACAACCAGCUGAGUAUGUAAUCAACACUAGUUUAUUUGCUUUAUCUUGCCCCAGUACCAAACAUGGGUAACACUUCUAUGUUUUCUUCGUUUUUUUUUUAAAAACUUACCAUAUCUUUUAAUGUGAAAGCAGUGAAGUUUUUGAAAGAACCUUUUGAACGCAGAGACGCAUUAUCUUUUUAUUAUUAUCAGUGCGCGAUGGUGAAUGCUACACCGUUACUACCACACUUACCUGUUGUAGAUAGGRCACCUAAAUACUGUAUUUCUUCAGUAAAUCAUGGCUCUUGGCCUUUAAAAUGACCUAGAAAUUUUUUGUAGAAAUUUCCAAUACUAACUCCUAGGAGUUGCAUACUCUUUUAUGGUGGCUCAGUCACUUUUACUAAUCUUCUCUGAGAGAAAUGAUGAUUCUUUUUUUUUUUCAAUGAUUGUAAAUAAGAGAAAUGUUGUAUACUGAUGCUUUUAAAGGAACUGCAAACCUGUAUGUCGGUGAAGGUUUUAGUGGUUGGGAGGAUGUAUCGUUUGACGUUAUGGAGGUGUCAUCCCCCCCUCCCCCCCUUAUCUUACAGUGUAGACCC